UGUGGGGUAAGCGGGGUUACCACUAGAUCGGCAUAUGAAAAGGACAGACGCGAACUUUUUCCUUCCUUCCUUCCCUCAGUAUUUUCUCUCAGCCACUGCCAAUAGUUUCACUAACCUUUGCUCACGAUUUAUUCACCUCUUGUCUUCUGCUUGACGAUACGUUGACCAACCUAAUUGCGCAUUGGUGGCAUAUAGUAUUUGCUGGUCAAACUUGCCCCGCUGUCAAGUCAUCUACGCGCAUACCAUCUGCCAAAAACACGCCAUCAUACAUCCCUCCUUACAUCAUGCCUUCCAAAUUUUCCUUUUCGCAUGCAUUCUUGGUACUCAUCCUACUUUCUACCCUUCUUGGUGGGAUAUGCUACCCGUUCAGUCUUCCCGGCACUUUCGAUACAAAAACUCAUUUUGAACGUCGCGGCUCGGAUGUACGUGUUGGGCUAAGGUAUCAAGAGCCAUCAGCGUUCUAUCCUCUCCCUGCACGAUAUUGGUCCUUCUGGUUGAAUGCUUAUGGCUUUGAUGUGAAACAAGAAAUAGAACACGAUGUUUUCAAAAUAGAUAUCCUCUCCGAAAAGAGGUACUAUGUCGGAACGUCUCUGGGGACAUUUCACAUUGACAGUUCAAGACGAGAUCUGCCUGCCCUUACCAAAGAGUUACAAAAGUUACCCGGCCAAUUGUGGCCUGUUGAUUGCUUCAAUCUCAUCUUCGAGAAAUUGAAGGAGAAAGAGUUGAUGACGAGGGUACCCGAAGAUUGGACGAAGUUGUAUAAUGAAAACCUGGAAAUGGGGGCGAUCCAGCUCAAGCGUGAGAUUGGAAGUCAAAUCGUUCCUCUUUUCGAUAACCAUGUCGACCCUACAGAGAAGUGGACCAUCUAUAUUGGUACGAAACAUGGCUUUGCAGCUCAUUCGAGUCCUGGUAAACCAUCAAAAUUCAUUGAGACCAACGAAGAGUUCAAAGGCGGGAUUCUGGUGGAUACCAUUUUUACCUCGAAAAUGCACUUGGACAGUAUACUCCAGGAGGUGCGCGAGCUUGAGGUGGGAUAUUAUCUGAAUAUGGACUGGAUUCGUCGCGUACUUGCACGCCUGAAGGAAAGAGGGGUGAUAAAAGAUGUACCUCCGCAUUUUUUCAACCUCUAUACCAAAUUGAUUGAUAUGAAAGGUGAUGGUGCGGGGAGUACAAUGAUUGCAGGUUAUGAAAUCUUCGAAGGAAUUUACCCAAUAGGACACACUGCCCAAUGAUAAUGUGUAUUGCCAACUAUCAUAUGUUUAGCACAGACAGUAACAAAGAAUGGAGAAUACUAAAAGUAUAAUCUAUAU